ACUCUUGAGUUAUUCACAAUAUCAUUUCGGCAGCUCACUAGCAAAAUGCGACUUGCAGUUGUAAUAUGGAUUGCUUUGUUGAGCAUUUCGCAGGCGUACACCCCGGAUAUAUGCUUCAAAAAGUCUUUCGGCUACAAGGUUGCCGAUCCGAAAGACCGAAAAUCAUAUUUCCAAUGUCUUGGACUCCUGGGCAAAAUUUGGAACCAUUGCGAUGACGGAUAUCGAUUCAGUGGACCAGAGCAAAAGUGUAUGCUCGAUAAGCAUCUAAAGGCAGUCGGAGAUGGCUCCAGCGGUCCAGAUAAUGUUUUCAACAUAAACCAAAAUAUUUCCAUGUACAAACCAAUUAUAUUCAAUAUCUUUGGUUCACUGUGGAGACCAUCAAAGCCAAGGCCACCCUUACCCGAACCUACAACACCACCCAUUACCACAGAAUCCACUACAGCACCUUCUUCUUCUUCUUUAGCUCCUGACAGCACCACAGAGAGCACAUCUACUUCAUCAACGGCAAGCUCUACCGAGAGUUCUUCGUCUUCUUCAACAGAGAGCUCUACCGAGAGUUCUUCGUCUUCUUCAACGGAGAGCUCUACCGAGAGUUCUUCGUCUUCUUCAACGGAGAGCUCUACCGAGAGUUCUUCGUCUUCCUCAACUUCAAGCUCUACCGAGAGCUCCUCGUCUUCGUCAACGGCUAGCUCUACCGAGAGUUCUUCGUCUUCGUCAACGACCAGCUCCACAGAGAGCUCAUCUUCUUCGAGUACGCCCUGCACUCUAGCCACUGAGGCCAGCUGAGUCAACUGCUGGUCUCUUAUCAAUCAGAGCUAACACUAACAUCGGCUCACAGGUUGCGCAGACAUUAUAAAGAGUUUUAAAAGGUUAAUGUGAAAAUUCAAUUGCAAUGGUGAUUAAAUAUUAAGGAUGCAUUCGGUUCCGAGUGCAUCCCACUUGCCACUGUAUAA